GAUUCAAAGUUGGAUGCAUGUUAUUUCUUUGAAGUGAGUCGUCUCUCUCUCUGCCUCGCUCGGAAGAAACCCGAGCGCCAAGAUUGCGAUUGCUUCUCCUUUCGUCGGUAUUUUAGCUCGGGGCAUCUCUGAAGUGAGUGGGGGAAAGCGAUACCUAACUUGGAGAAGGUGGGAAUCUCCUUUCUUGGAGCUAUUCCUGAUGGCGGGGCUGGGGCGGUUCCUCCGAUCCUGUGCCGGGGAGGGGUUUGCUCGAUGAGAUCUGGGUCCGGAAGGGACGAGGCGCAGUAAGAUGGGGGCUUGCUUGCGGGCUUUGGCGUUUUGGGUCCUGGUCUUUUGCUUUUUCUUUGCAUCUGGUACUUCCGAUGACGCAGUCGAUCUCCGCCGUGCGUAAUUUUCCUAUUGUGGAACCAGAUUCUGAGCAUACAAAACUCCGCCUUGCAAAGGAGGGUUUGGACGCAAUUCAAAGAAUUACAACCCCUAUAGCUGUUGUUGCGGUAAUCGGUCCAUAUCGCUCAGGCAAAUCAUUUCUUCUCAACCAACUCCUUUCCCUGUCAUGUGAUGAAGGUUUUGGUGUAGGACAUAUGCGUGAUACUAAAACCAAAGGAAUAUGGGUUUGGGGAACACCUUUCGAAAUUGAUAUCAAUGGAAGAAAAAUAUCUGUCUUAUACCUAGAUACAGAAGGAUUUGAAAGUGUGGGGAAAUCAAAUGUUUAUGAUGAUAGGAUAUUUGCUCUCGCUACAAUUAUGAGCUCUGUGCUGAUUUAUAAUCUCCCUGAGACGAUUCGUGAGGCUGAUAUAUCUCGGUUAUCAUUUGCAGUGGAAAUUGCAGAAGAAUUUUAUGGAAGGGUCAAGGGGCAAGAUGUUGCUUUUGAGCCGGCUAAACUUUUGUGGCUUAUUCAACGAGAUUUCCUACAGGGAAAGUCGGUGCAAGAAAUGGUGAAUGAAGCCCUCCAGCUUGUACCAAAUAGCAGUGGUGAUAAAAAUAUUGAUCAGGUAAACCGAAUUCGAGAUUCCUUGGCAAUAAUGGGUGACAAUAACACAGCUUUUAGCUUGCCACAACCUCAUCUCCAAAGGACGAAACUUUGUGAUUUGAACGACAGCGAACUGGAUCAAAUGUAUGUGAAAAAGAGGGAGCAAUUGAAACAGCUUGUUGUAUCAAUCAUUCACCCAAAGAUUGUUCAGGGAAAACUUCAAAAUGGAAAUGAUUUCGUAGCUUUCCUGGAACAGAUCAUUGAAGCCUUGAAUAAAGGAGAAAUUCCAUCCACAGGCUCUAUUGUCGAAGUGUUCAAUAAGGUGAUUCUUGAGCGUUGCAUGAGAUUGUACAGUGAGCAAAUGGAAAUUCUGCAAUUACCAGUAGAAGAAAACAGGCUGCAGGAGCUUCAUGAAAAAUUGAAAGUAGAAGCUAAAAAGUUGUUUGAUCACCAGCAUUUUGGUCGGAAUCAUGCUGCACAAUCUGUUUUAGAACUCGAUUAUGAAAUGCAAAAGGUUUUUAGAACAUUCCUCCGUAUUAAUGAAUAUCAGUCAUCAAAAUUGUGUGAAGUCCGAUAUACUCAGUGUGAAGACAAAAUGGAUCAUCUUCAAGUUAUGAGACUUCCUUCCAUGGCAAAAUUCAAUGAUGGUUUUCUUCACUGCAAUCAAACUUUCGAGAGAGAGUGUGUUGGGCCUUCAAAAGAAAUGUAUACGCAAAAAAUGACAAAGAUGCUGAGUAAAGCUCGAUCACUUUUCAUCAAAGAUUACAAUCAGAGACUUUGUAACUGGUUGGUGACUUUCUCACUCAUUGUGGCGAUAGUGGGCCGGUUCAUUGUCAAGUUUAUUUUAUUUGAGAUUGCUGGUUGGGUGAUGUUCAUUUUCCUAGAGACAUACACUAGAAUGUUUUGGUCAUCAGAGUCGCUAUAUUACAAUCCUGCUUGGCAUGUCAUUGUGUCUACAUGGGAAACUAUUGUGUAUAGUCCUAUUCUUGACUUGGACAGAUGGGCAAUUCCAAUUGGUGUAUUGCUACUGGCUCUGGUCUUAUAUUGGCAAUGUUUUGGUAGGAGGAAACAUGGAUCUGGUUCGCUGUUGCCAUUGUACAUUGGCCGUCACCAUAAAAGUGGUUCCAACCGAUCAAGAUCUGAGUAAGUGAAUUUAGAUGAAACUCCACUACCCCGACAAAUCUGGUACUUCCAUCAUCUGCAGUCUUUAUCACGGUGGUGCCGUCACAAAUGUACCACAUUCUUAGAGGGCAUGCAAGAGGGAGAAGCUUAGAGACAGCCAUAUGCAGAUUGUUUGAUAUGUUUUGUCUACUUAACAUUCUUUUUUUUAUUGAGACAUCGAGAUCGGCUUAGCUAGUUUGAAUCGAAAUUGCUCAUUGUUAGUUGUUACUCUAAAGUUCUGACAUUAUCCACGUCGGUGUCAAAGAAACUAGAAGAAAUGUUCACUAGCUACCAUGGUAAAAAUGUUUGAGUGGCAUAUUUAUUAGUCUCAAGUAUGAGUUAUGUAAAAGCUUAUACUUCAACAUGUGGAUGUGCCCAUUUUGUAUA